AUGAAUAAAUAAUAUAUUGCUAUGUUAAGUUUUUGGGUUAUGAAAUGGUUUUCUGAUGAUUCGUCAGACAACCGGUUUUUGAGAUACAAUUUCAAAAAACUUUCUGCUUACGGAUGCUCCAAAGCCUCGGCUAUCGAAUGACAAAAAUCGCAAGUCUCUACCACUUUUCAUUCUCGAGUUAUUCAGAAAAUAACCACGUGCCUCAUAUUUAGUUUAAGCUACGCACUAUUUGAUGUGUUCGUAUCCAGUGCUUUCUGUAUAAAUUAUGGAGUUUAAAGUCAGACUAUCCUUAUAUAUGUCCGUAACUAAUUGUUCAUUAUUUACUUUUAGAUUCUUCAAAUAAACAUUCGAUUCCAUAUUGUUGAUGGUACUUUAGAUCUAUCACCGAAUAAAAUUCAGUUCAAUGUGUUUCCGGUCCUACUAUUCUAACAAGUGUUAAAGAAGACUAUAAUAUAUUGUUUUUUCUCUUUUAGAAUCAAAUGUUUAUAUCACAAAUAAAAAUUCGUAGUACAUUCUCAAAUCCAAUUGAGAUCAAACAAAUUGAAUUUCAUCCGUAUGGAAACUGUUUUACGUUCCAAUGGAUGAAUAAUCAAAAUACAAAUUUUAUUUUGCAACCAAACAAAACACACAAGAUUGGUAAUCUUACAUUCGAUAUGAGUUCGUUAUGUAGUGUUACAGGUGCUGCAGAGUCCACAUGUUACUGUGGCCUGAAUUAUCAUCAGGAAUAUCAGCAACAAUGGCAAUCAACGAGUACAAAUACAUUUGAUUUAGAUCAAUUUUUACUUUUUAAAUUAAAAAAAUUGUGGAAAGAAUGGCAAUUAGUUUUAAACCGGAAAAGAAUUUAUUCAUCAUUAUGGCUUUUGUCUUCGACCGUAAAUAUGUCAUGGCCAAUUAUUAUUAAUUUUAAAUGGCCUAGUAUAUUCGAAUUCUCAUCAUCGAUCAACGCCGAAGAACCAGUUAUCGAUUUUCCUUUAACAUACGUAAAUACCACAACGACACAAAAUUUGACGAUAAUAAAUCCGUUGAGUACAACGAGUUUGUCUUAUCAUAUUCAAUUGAUAUCAAAUUAUUCGGAGAGUGAACGUUUAUUAAAUAUUAUCUAUGAAACAUCGAGUACUAAUAAAAUAAAUACGGUCACGAGUGAUGAUGUACCAUUUGAUGUUUGUGCAACUGAUCCAAGUUUGAUGUCGUCUUCUGUGCCUUGUAUCUCACAUAAAUUUACACUACAACCAGCUGAAAAAGUAUCAUUCACGAUUACGUACAAACCACAAAUACGUUCGAAACAUGAAACAUUUCUCGUCGUUCGAAAUAAUUUGACAAUAAUUGAAUCAGUACGAUUACGUGGUGAGUGUGGAAGUGGUGAUUUACAAGUUGGAAACAAAAAAGCGGAUUCAUCGAUAAAUCCACUGGUUAUGGAAAUGAACGAUAAACAAUUUAAGUUUUGUUCAGAAUUGCUUCGUGUUGAAGGUGCACAAGCUAAUCCAAUAGUGCAAAAGGUUGUUCCACUUCGUAAUCCGGGCAAUAUGGAUCUAAUUAUUUAUAAUAUUUAUUUUGGAAAGUCAUCGUGUCAAGGACAAGGAUUUUCUGUUACAAAUUGUACGAAUAUCGUACUGAGACCAGAAGAAAAAUAUGAUUUAAAUAUUAGAUAUCAACCAGACUAUACGGUUACAUUGGUCGAGGAAGUAAUUAGUUUACAUACAAAUAUUGGUUAUUUGACUUAUCCAGUUAUUGUUCGAAUACCACAAAAUGUUUUAACUGUGUGUUAUCAAAUAUUGCCUCGACCAUCAUGGGAAUUUCGAUAUUGUUGGCUAUGUCUUUGUUCGGUUACGAUUAUCAUUGUACUUAUAUUAACAUCAGCUGGUUACGAUGCAAGAAGAUUAUACGAAGAAUACCGUGGAAGAGCAGAAUUAUGUCGCAUGUCUACUCACAAAAUUUUUGAUUUAAAUGAAUUAGCAACGGCUGUAAGAGAUGAACAGCAAUCACGAGACCGUACUGAAUCUCGUUCAUCUGUGAGCCAUAAACCUUCGAGUCGUACAUCUACAAGAGAUGCAGAUUCCAAAAUAAAGUCGCAUCGCGUAUCUACUGAUUCCUCUAAGUUUUACAAUCAAUCAGAUAAACCAAAGAAAUCUAUAAACGGAGAUUACAAGGAGGAUGAAGUGGGUAAAGCAAACAGAUCUCAUCGUAAUCGAAGCAGUAUUUAUGAUUCACAACAAGAUGAUCAAUUAUCCUCUACGACUCGGUUAAUCACUUCUAGUCCAAAAGCAAUGCACAAAUCUAGACGAAUACCAUUAACAUCGACUGACGGAACAUCACAAAAAAAACAAGAACAAAUCAAACCACAAUUGACUGCAUUAAAAGUACAAAAAACCAUCAUAGAUCAGCAAGUAAUACCUGAUGUAAUAAUAACGGAUAAUUAUGACGACUCAUUUGUGGUCGCCACUCGAUCAAAAAAAUCUUCUACAAAAACAAAAGAUUCAUCAACGGUAAAUAAAUCGAAUGUAAUAACCAACGGAUCAAGACAAAGAGAACAACAGGACAUUAGUGAACAACGUCGAGCCCAACGUGAUUAUUCAAAAUCAACCGAUUCCUUAUCAAAUGAUCAAUCAUGGUUAUUAGUUAGUUCUAAACAACGAAAACAAGUCCAUGAAGAGAAAAAACCAACACCAGUCCAUUUAUCAAAACAGCCAGAUGAUACUAAGCCUAGAGCAACAACAACAUUAGACCAACGAAUGACUAGUUAUCAACAAACGAAACCACGUUUUUCUUUACAAUCAUCUAAUAUUCCAUAUCCACAUCAAAAAUCACAGACCCAUGAAAAACUAUAUCAUCAUCAGAUAACAAGAUUAUUAUCUAGCGAUGAUAGUACAACUUCUAAAAAUCGAAAUAGUGUUGAUGUUGUGAAUAAUACGUCUGUUGGAGAUUUAUCAUCUAUUUUUGUCUCAAACAAAAUGAAUAAUAAUAGUAACGAUGAUAGUUUUCCAUAUUCAAAUGUUCCACGUUCAAGAGCAUCAUCAGCACCAUCUGACAGUGUGAUAAAUUCAGAUAAUGAUGAAACAGAUGAUAUCAUUUGUUGGGAUGAUGUUGAAAAACCCGAUGAGGAUUUCGGUCGAUAUGCAUCACAAACUGAACAAAUGGUGGAAGAAUUAAAUCCAAGAAUGGAGGAUAGUGGAUGGAUAACACAACAUCAUCAACAACAACAAAAAACAAAUAAUAUUGGAGACAUUCCAUCGUUAAUGUCAAUACCAACGCAAGCCAUUGGAUUAGAACAGGAUCGAAGAUUGAAUAAAACUGGUAAACAAGCAAUGUACACAACACCAACUUUCACUCUCGGAAGACAAAAUUCAAAUCAAUCAAGUAGAGAAAAAAUGGACCUAACAACUCCUCAACGUCCACCUGGUCUAAUACAACGUCCGACAAAGUUAUCAUAUGACUCAUCAACUGCAAAAACGAGUUUUCUCGCUACGGAGAAAGUAACACCAACAACGCCUGAUGUAUUAGUUCAAAUAAAUCGUAUAAUUAAUCAUCAAGAAUCGUUAGUUGGAAUAACACCAGCAGUUGCGAAUUCAAGUGGUUUAACAACUCCAGGUGUAUGGUCUAAUUUUUCUCCUAAUGAAUGGCCAUCAAAAAUUCAUUCAACUUGGCCUACAGUAAAUGUCAAUAGUCCAUCAAUUUUGACUACUCAAAUUCAAAAUCCAUUUGCUUCGAUUUCAUCAUCAUCUUCGUCUGCUCAGUCAAAUUUGACUUUUCUACCAACAACACCUACUCAACUAACAGACGAAGAUGAUUUAACGAAAUCAAAACUAUGGCCAAGUGAAUCGGUAUGGUCAACACCCAUUUUACCUUCAACAUCCGCCACAGUACCAACAAUUUUUUCAACGUCAAAAUCACCAUGGAAUGAUCUACUAUCAUCGUCAUCAGAAAUAAAUACAAAUUCACAACAAACACCAAACAAAAAUGAAAAAGAUAAUAAUUCGUGGUUAUUUUGGCAAUGUGUUCCAGAUACAAAUCAAACAGUAGCUGGACAACAGAUUGAAGAAACAACCAAAAAUAAAGAUUUAUGGAGUCCAUUAGAAACGAUCAGUCUUAAUUCGUUAACAUCAAACACAAUUCCAUCGCUCGAUGCUGUUUGUUCUGUGCUACCGUCAUCAAAUGAUAUUUGUCAAGAACAACAACAACACGAUAUAUUAUGGUCAUCUGCUGUUGAUGAUGUUGUUGAAAAUAAUGGUGGCGUAAGUGAGAAUAAUGAAAAUGAUAAUAAAACAUCCAAAGAACAAAAUGUUACAUUGCAAUCAAAAUGGGAAUUUGCUCGUUAA